GUCAAUGCGUGAUUGUCAGUGAUAGACAUACUUUGUUUAAAAUUAUCUCUGUAGUUAUUAUAGCGGUUAAUUGAUAAAGGGUAUAUUUUGUGUGGAUACUAGAAGACAGUUUCAUUUUAGUUUGACUACUUGUACCUGUAGGUUAUAGUAAAAUGAAAACAAAAAAUAUAUUAUCAUUAUCAAAUGUAGAAUUUAAAACUCUAAUGGAUUCUAUUGAUGUAGUUUUAUCAGAUUGUGAUGGUGUGUUAUGGAGAGAAACAGAGGUAAUAAAGAAUUCACCUGAAACAGUAAAAAAGUUGAAAGAAUUAGGUAAAAAAUUCUUUUAUAUAACAAAUAAUAAUACUAAAACUAGAACUGAAUUUUUAAAAAAAUGUAAUGAUUUGAACUAUGAUGCAACAAUAGAUGAGAUAGUAUGCACUUCAUUUUUGGCUGCUGUAUAUCUUAAAGAAAAAAAAUUUGAUAAAAAAGUAUAUGUAGUUGGAAGUGUUGGCAUUGGUAAAGAACUUGAAGCUGUGGGUAUUCAACAUUAUGGUACUGGACCAGAUAUAAUAGAAGGUGAUGAAGUAGAAUUGGUAAAAAACUUUAAGCCAGAUCCAGAAGUUGGAGCAGUUGUUAUAGGCUUUGAUAAAGAUUUCAGUUUUCCUAAGAUUGUAAAAGCUGUUACUUAUUUAAAUGAUCCCAAUGUUCAUUUUAUAGGAACAAACAAUGAUAUUGAAAGGCCUUCACCAAGUACUAACAAAUUUCCAGGAACUGGUUGCUUCAUAAAAAAUAUAGAAUCAGCUUGUAAUAGAUCAGCAGUAAUACUUGGGAAACCAGAAUCUUUUGUCAGUGAAUAUAUUACAAAGAAGUAUGGUUUAAAUCCUGAAAGAACACUCAUGAUUGGUGAUAAUUGUAAUACUGAUAUCCUUUUGGGAAAACGUUGUGGAUUUAAAACUUUAGUUGUAUUAACUGGUAUUACAACACAAAAUGAUAUAGAGAAUAUGAAUGCUUCUGAUAUAAAUACUAAAAAUUUGAUAAUACCAGACUAUUAUGCAAAUGAAUUAGGUGAUAUAUUAGAAAUGAUUAAAAUAUUUUGAUGAUUUUAAAAAAUUUAAUUCAAAUAUUUAAUAUUAUUUAAAAAUAUUUAAAAAUAUGAUAUAUAAUUGUUUUAUUUUCUAUUGUUCUAUUUAUUU